ACCACGGGAUCACCCCCAUCCUUUCUAACUUUGUGCUCAAAUAAUUGGACCAGUUAAAAAAAUACAUAAAUAUAGACUAAAAUAUACGAUUUCCGAAAAACUUAGCUCAGCACGCAUGCGCAAGUCAAUUACCAAUUAGAUGUCAACAUUGUUGCAUCAUUAGCAAAAAGUUUGCUCUGGUGUGAAGAUCAACUUGGCCACACGUGGAUAGGAAAUUAGUAAAUUGAUUAAAGUGUAAUACAGGCCAUCCGUAAGAUAUGGAAGCUAAUUGUGGAUAUUGUGGUGUUCCAGCGAAGUUAAAAUGUGCUGGUUGCCAACAAGUGUAUUAUUGUAAUCCUGAUCAUCAAAAGAAACAUUGGAAAGCUAAACAUAAGCAUGAAUGCGUAAAACCAUAUGAGUUGACUAAGAGUGAUGAAAUCGGACGACACUUUGUGGCGACCAAGACAAUUGAAAAGGAUACCAUACUCUUUUCCGAGAAUCCGCUAGUUAUAGGCCCGAAAUGGAAUUUGGCUGACUACGAACAACGAUCGACGGUAGUACCAUGCGUUGGAUGUUUUACGGACUGUCCGCUGGGCCAGUUCUACUGUGAAUUUUGCCGCUGGCCAGCCUGCAAACCAGACUGUCCCGGAUUAGGAAACUCCAACUUGCAUGGGCUCGAGUGCGGUGUGUUACGUUUUGGUCGACCUCCAAAACCUGGGGAUGAUCCGGAAAUGUUCUUCGAUUAUUAUAGGUAUGAUGCAUUAUUGGUGCUGAAAUGUUUGGCCCUACAAAUUCGUAAUGCAGACUUAUUCGACCAGCUAAUCAACCUUGAGAGUCAUUACAAUGCGCGUAAAAAUUCCCGCUAUUACGCGGAUACUGACGAGCGUGUCGUUUCGUAUCUGUUUCGAAAUUUUCUCGAUCCCCUGCAAAAGCUGGAGCGUAAAGAGGGCAAAGUUGUUCUCAAAAUGUGCGAUCGCAAAACGCUCCACAUGAUUGGAGGCAUACUAGAAGUUAAUGCCAUGAUUAUUCCACUGUCAAAUGGAAGAGAAAUUUGUGGCCUAUACCCGAUGGGUUGCCUGCUCGAGCACAAUUGUAUGCCAAACUCCUUUUACACGUUUGAUUGCUCUAAAGGAAUGAAACUAACCUUCAAAGCUGGUAGGGACAUACAAAAAGGUGAACAUAUAACCACUACCUAUACCCAUUCGCUAUGGGGAACGCAGCUUCGCAGAGAGCAUCUGAAAACGAACAAAUACUUUGCUUGCAAAUGCAGCCGGUGCUCUGAUCCGACUGAAUUUGGCACUUUCUUGAGUGCCUUGCGGUGCAUGGGUAUAGAGAAUGAGCCAUGCGGAGGCUUUCAACUGCCAAUUAAUCCACUUGCUGAGGACAGCGACUGGAAGUGCAACAGAUGUCCGGUACAGAUUACACACGAUCAAGUUAACUUCCUGAUGUCCAAGAUAGGCGAGGAGGUAGAUGACGUGAUGAGUCGUAAGUCUUCUGUAAAAGAGUUUGAGAAUCUAAUCCAUAAAUUGCAAAACUUCCUGCAUCCAAAUCACUUUCAUCUACAAACACUGAAACAUUCAUUGAUCCAAAUGUAUGGACGCUUUCCCGGGCAUCGUUUGAGCGAGCUUUCCGAUGAGAUACUACGCACAAAAUUAAAAAUGUGUCAUGAAAUGUUAACAAUAAUCGAAGUGCUCGAUCCAGAAUCUUUCCGAUUAAGUCUAUACGCCAGUGUGAUUUUACUAGAACAACAUGCAGCCCUCAUUGAGCUACACAAGCGCCAAAAUUCUCUCACUGCGUCUAAUGUGAAGGAUGCGCUCAGUGAAGCUUUGCAGAGUCUGGUACGUGCUAAAAAUAUUUUGCGGAACGAAAUGGGAACAUUGCAAGGUAAAAAAUUAAUGGAACAAAUAGAGAGCGCUUUAGAAAAUGUAAAGGCGCAACCUGGCACUAAAUAAGCGUUUCUUUAAAUUCAUUUCUUUUUAUAAAAUCUUAAAUACGACCCAUUUCAAUAAACGCGUUAAAAUUCUAUUAUUACACGUUA